ACUUGAAUGAACGCCCAGGACUAGGAAGGGAUCAGAUGUGAGCUUGGUUCGCAGUGUCUGCUGUCGGUACACGUCUCCUCUGUACAUUGUAGAGCGAUUGCUCAUGUGAUGCACUCACUUGGUGAUGAGAUCAAAGGGUUCUCUAAAAACAGACUCAAGAAACAAUGCACUCGAGUUACAACACUAUCAGGAAAGAGAAUCAUAGAGACAUGGAAAGAUUCACUGGUGCAUGUUGUGGAUGAUCCAGAUCAACAAGAUGGACCAGCCUGUGGAUAUGUGCAGGACCUUAGCAUGGACCUGCAGCUGGGGGUCAUCAAGCCCUGGCUAUUGUUGGGUUCGCAAGAUGUUGCACAGGACCUAGAUGUACUAAAAAAAUAUAAGGUCACCCAUAUUUUGAAUGUAGCCUAUGGUGUGGAAAAUGUAUUUCCAAAUGAAUUUACUUAUAGGAAGCUUUCCAUCCUUGAUCUUCCUGAGACUGACAUCACUUCCUAUUUCCCAGAGUGCUUUGAUUUCAUAGACCAAACAAAAAAGGAGGAUGGCGUGGUGCUUGUCCACUGCAAUGCAGGAGUGUCUCGUGCUCCAGCAAUAAUUAUCGGUUACUUGAUGUAUAGUGAAAAACUGAAUUUUGCCAGAGCCUUUUCAGUUGUAAAAAAUGCCAGGCCUUCAGCCUGCCCAAACCCCGGAUUCAUGGAACAGCUCCACAAGUAUCAAGACAGUGUAAGAAGACAGACAGAUAUCACUCAUGAAAAGACAGACUGACAAAACAUGUUUUUUGGUCUCCUAGUUGUUAUCAGUGGUUGCACUUUUUAUAGGAAGAGUUGUGUACUCCAGGUGUCCAUUGGUGUCCAUUGAAAUGCAGUGUUUUAUUUGCCUGAACAAAAAAAAGUCCAAAAAGGCAUGCAGCCUACUUUAUGUAAUUUGCAGCAGCCAGCAA